AUGGGAUUAACUAAUAGUAAAGCUGAAGAAUCAAAAAUACUUGACUUAUUAAUUCCUCGUGUUUUCAGAGCUUGUAUUACUGACUUAUCAACAGAGCAUUUAACUGAUAAAGAAAAAGCAAAAAUUGAUCGUUAUGUUUGGACCUUUGCUCAAACAUACUUACGUACAAAGGAAAGAGUUGCCGAACAAUUUUUACUAUCAGAUUAUUCGGAUUUCUUGUAUUAA